UAAUUUUUUGAUUCCAGCUUUUUUUUUUUUUUUUUUUUUUUUAGAUUCUAUAAUAAACCAAUAAUUCUCUUCUUUCUAUAGUAAAUGUAGUAUUAGGCCAAAGCAUAUAAAGAAUUGAAAGUACUUCCAUAAUACAGGGAAAAAAGUAUUUGUUGUAGCAAGUGAGAAUGUAUUGAUAGUGAUGAUGAUGAUUGUAUAUUGAUAUUAAUAUCUCACCUUCCAAAAAAAACCAAACUUUGCUUGUAUCCAACUCUACUCAAGAACCCCAUAUUCUUCUUUGUAAUCUACUAAUCUACCAAACUAUCAUAAAGGGGUGUGGGGGUUUACUCUAGUUGUUGUUAAUUUUCUUUAAUAGUUCCACCAAACUUUUCUUGCUUCUUGUUCUACAAUUAAUUAUAUUAAAAAAAAAAUAUUUUUGUUUUUGUUGGUUUCUUGAAAAUCUUUUCUUGAUUUGUUUUACCAUUAAAAGUUAAAACCCACCAAAAAAAUCCAAUCUUUAUAUUAAGAAAAGGAUUUUUAUUACUUAAGGUUUCUUGAAAAUGGUUGGAAGUAUAAGUUAGGAGCUUUUCUUGAUUAUAAAAAUCCAAUCUUUAUAUUAAAAAAAGGAUUUUUAUUUCUUUGAAAAUGGUUGGAAGUAUAAGUUAGGAGCUUUUCUUGAUUUGUUGUAGCAAUAAAAAUUCAAUCUUUAUAUUGUAGGUUUCUUGAAAAUGACUGAAUAUAUGAGUUAGGAAAGUUUCUAAGUUUCUUGAUUUGUUGUAGCAUUAAAAUCUAGCAAUAAAAAUUGAAACUUUAUUUUUGUGGGUUUGUUGAAAAUGACUGAUAUAAUACAACCCCAACAUGAGUUACCUUCAUCUUCAAGCUCCAUUAGUAUACUACCUUGUUUAUUACCUAGAGAUAAUGAUGGGUCUCACCAAGAGAGUCUAAGUAGUGGACCCAAUUUGUAUUCAGUUGUAGAUGUAUACAGAGAGGGAAAUAAUAAUACUGAUGUACAAGUAGUAGUAGGAAGGGGUGGUAGUAUUUCUGGUAGAAAAAGAGAGAGAAAAAGGAGAGAAAGAGAAGAAGGGGGAGAUCAGCUGUCAUUGUUAACACUUUGUUUAACUGGUUUUAGGAAAUCUUUGGUUGCUUGUAAGAGCAACUUUGAUAUUCUUAGUGGUGUUAGUGUUGAAGAGCUGCUUUCAUCUUCUUGUUCUGGUUUUAGUUCUAGUUCUGGUACUACUUGUGCUAAUUCAUCAAUGGAGAUUAGUUGGCCUAGUAAUGUCAGACAUGUUGCUCAUGUCACUUUUGAUAGGUUUAAUGGAUUUCUUGGACUUCCUGUUGAGUUUGAACCUGAAGUUCCUAGAAGACCUCCUAGUGCCAGUACAAGAGUCUUUGGAGUUUCGACCGACUGCAUGCAGCUUUCAUUUGAUUCCAGAGGAAAUAGCGUCCCCACAAUCCUUCUGAUGAUGCAAGGGCGCUUAUAUGCUCAAGGUGGCUUGCAGGCUGAAGGGAUCUUCAGGAUCAAUGCUGAAAAUGGCCAAGAAGAAUUUGUCAGAGAGCAACUAAAUAGGGGAAUUAUUCCAGAUAACAUUGAUGUUCAUUGCUUAGCAGGUCUUAUAAAGGCUUGGUUCAGAGAGCUGCCAACGGGAGUUUUGGACUCUCUCUCGCCAGAGGAAAUUAUGCGUGCUCAAUCAGAAGAAGAGUGUGUGCGGCUUGUGAGAUUUCUUCCACCGACUGAAGCUGCUCUAUUAGACUGGGCCAUAAACUUGAUGGCUGAUGUUGCUCAACUGGAAAGUUUUAACAAAAUGAACGCACGUAAUAUUGCUAUGGUGUUUGCUCCAAAUAUGACACAGAUGGCAGAUCCGUUGACUGCUUUGAUGUACGCGGUUCAAGUUAUGAACUUUCUCAAAACUCUAAUUCUUCGAACCUUGAAAGACCGAGAAGAAUUUGUCGUAGAAGCCGGUCCUGCACCAGAACUGGAGCCAUUUGACGAAAAUGGACAUCAUAGUGCUUCACAGCCAAUAGUUCAGAAGUCCAAUGAGAUCGAGGACGAGGAGGAAAUCGUUAUAUCCAAAGAACGACCCUCAAAUAACGCUGCUAAUUCUACUCCGGGGGAGAUUGAAGUUGAGAAUGAGUCACAUGGAUUACCGAGUACCAUAGAGAACGUUCUCCAGGAACACGUGCUCGUUGAUUGUCUAAGUGAAAUCUCAAACCUGCCUGACAACACAAAGGAUCAGCAUGAAGCUGAUAAUGCCAAUUUAGCAAAUGGAAGAACUCAACCAAAAAUCCGAAGGACUAAAAGCGUGCAUUCGAGUAGUUCUAGUCUGAAAGGAUCGAAGAAAAUGAUAGAAUGGCCAACAGUUCAUGUAGCUGGAAAUCUAGAGAAGGGAAAGGGAGUCAGAAUCAUCGAUAGGUUGAAUUCGACAACAGAAAGGGUAGAAGCCUGGCGAUGAAUAUGAUAUCUCGGCUCAACGGGCGAUUGCUGCUGCCUCAUGAAGAAGUCCAAUGGUUGUGAUUUAUGUUUGAAAAAUGACAAUGUAUUUUCCAGUCUGUGCUUGGAUAUUGAUUACUUUCUUAGUAGUUCAAACAGGAAUUCUGUCACCUUUUCCCUUAGGGCAUGUUUUGCUUGGGAAAACUUAGCAGGAUGAAUGUAAUUUAUGUGUUUUUGGUAGAAUGAAUAUUGCUGUGGUUUCCAAUUUCAA